AUGGCCCUACUACUUUCCUGGCUAUUACCGGGAAGCGCGGGGUGUCCUGGUCUUUCUGAUAAAAAGCGUCCACGGCGUCUGAGCAAUCUUGCUGAAGUGGCGUCUCAAACUCCCACGAGUUUUCGGAGUCGGGAUAUCUCCACCACUUCACCAGAUAUUGGGUUUGACCCUGGUGACGACGUCGUCUCACUAGACAUUCCACGUGAAAGUGGACGUCACCGUUCUCAUCGAGAAGAAUCGGUGGCAGGCGGCGGUCGACCGGUGAUUCGUGAUACUCUUCGAGCCCUUGAGGACGAGGUCCUUUGUGAUUGGAGCUCCGCUGAGCGUCAUGCUGAAGUUGCAUAUCGCUGUGCGGACGCUCUUGACGAUUUAAAGAACGUCGUGCGCCGGCUGCCUCACCUUGAGGACUACUGCGCUCUGUCGGAGCAACUUCUAGCCGUGGAGCAGGCGAAUGUGUCGAUGAAUGCGACGGUGGAGCGCUUGGCGCCAUUAGAAGUGGAGGCUGUUGCACUCCGUGCUCAGAACCAGUCGCUGGUUCAGCUUCUGGGUGGCUGA